AUGAAAGCAUCAACUAAGAAUGGAGUCAGAUUUGGAAAUGGUGUUAUCAAAAUCACAUUGUUAGAUAAUAUUGAUAACGAAAAUAUUAAAAUUCGUGGCUGCGGCAUAUCAGGUUUUAGUUUUUCACAACUUAUUUCAUUUAUAACAUUACCUUCCGUUGUAUAA